AUAUAUCGUAGAAUAACACAACGCACUGAACAGCAGCAAGGCAUUGAUACAAGAUCCAUUCAUCACCGUACUUACCAGCCCAUCUAAAUAUCCAUAAUGACCGCCUCCACUCCACUCCGCCGCCUCGUCGGCGUCAGCCUAAAAAUGUACUACGACCUCUCCUCCACCCUCCGCUACGUGCAAGGCGUUCUCGAGCUCGACGGCCUCGCCUGGAACUACCGCAUCGACCUCUUCGUCAUUCCCGAUUUCAUAUCCCUCGCCGACUCCGGCCGCAUUCUCCAACCCUCCUCUAUAAUCCUCGGCGCGCAAGACUGCUUCUGGGAAGACGCCGGCGCAUACACCGGCGAAGUCUCAGCCCGCUCCCUCUUCCAAGCCGGCGCACGCAUCGUUGAGAUAGGCCACGCAGAGCGACGCGCAAUAUUCAAAGAGACAGACGCGCAGGUUGCGCUGAAGGCGGGUGCGGCGGCGCGGAACGGGCUGAUCCCGCUCGUGUGUAUUGGGGAGCGGACGCAUGGGAACAUAGCCUCGGCGGCGGUGGGCGCGGCAGUGGAGGAGUGUAGGACGCAGGUUGAAGCAGUCUUAGCCGCGAUUCCGGAGGACGCUGAAGUGAUUCUGGCGUAUGAGCCGGUGUGGGCGAUUGGAGCGAAGGAGCCUGCGGACGCGGAUCAUGUUGUUAACGUGACAAAGGAGAUCAGAGCGAUGGCGAAGGGGAGGAAAGGGGUUACGAGAAUAGUUUAUGGAGGGAGUGCGGGACCGGGGACUUUUGGGAAGAUAAGGGACGGGGUGGAUGGUUUGUUCCUUGGGAGGUUUGCGCAUGACAUCCAGAACCUAAAAAGGGUGAUUGAGGAGAUCGGUGAGUCGUAAACAGUAUGGGUUUGUCGAAAAGCGCUUUGGAUUCUAUUGGCGUGAACUGCUCUUCAUGUAUAUUUGUAAGUAAGUAGGCAAGUAUGUUCCCAAGUCCUUCAACAUGCUCUCCCCAAUCACAUAGAGCUCACCAAAAGAAAUCUCAUAAGCUCUCAGCCACUGCCACCAACAUCGACAAGAACAGGGACAAAUAGAAAAAAGUGUGCGUGGUGUAUUUCGAGCGCGGAAUAUGUCCUCCCAUGCGUAGUAGUGAAGAGUCCAGGGGCAGCUGAGUUCUGAAGUAGACCAGCUCCAACUCCUCCUCAGCCUCAGUCCC